GUAUUGGAGGAGUACUCUACAUGGAGAGGGAGAGCCAAAAACCCUCAAAAAUCGCUUUUUAAUCUCUCUUCGACCUUUUCUCGUCCUCUUUUCUUGGAAUAUAGGAGUUUGGUCCGUGAGGUUGAGGUUUCGUUUUUGCGGGCAGAUCGAGCAAUGGGAGCGGCGAUACUGACGGAUCUCCUGACGGAGAUCCUGAUCCCGGUGGCUGCCGUCGUCGGGAUUGGGUUCUCCUUGAUACAGUGGGGGCUGGUGUCGAGGGUGAAGCUGUCGCCGGAGAGGCAGGGGCUGCCGGCGGGGAGCAACGACAAGAACGACUAUUCCGACUACCUCAUCGAGGAGGAGGAGGGGCUCAAUGAUCACAACGUCGUCGUGAAGUGCGCCGAGAUACAGAGCGCCAUCUCCGAAGGAGCCACUUCUUUCCUUUUCACUGAGUAUCAGUAUGUUGGAAUUUUCAUGGUUGCUUUUGCAAUCCUGGUGUUCCUUUUCCUCGGCUCCGUGGAGGGUUUUAGCACUAAGAGCCAGCCCUGCACCUAUAGCAAAGACAAAUAUUGCAAACCUGCACUUGCAAAUGCUAUCUUUAGCACCGUGUCCUUCUUGCUUGGUGCUAUCACUUCUCUGGUAUCUGGUUUUCUUGGAAUGAAAAUUGCAACAUAUGCAAAUGCCAGGACAACUUUAGAAGCAAGAAAGGGUGUAGGAAAAGCUUUCAUUACCGCUUUCCGCUCUGGUGCAGUUAUGGGCUUUUUGCUUGCUGCAAAUGGGCUUUUAGUGCUUUACAUUGCCAUCAACCUAUUCAAGUUGUAUUAUGGUGAUGACUGGGAAGGCCUUUUUGAGGCAAUUACUGGUUAUGGUCUUGGUGGCUCUUCCAUGGCUCUUUUUGGCAGAGUUGGGGGAGGCAUCUAUACAAAAGCGGCUGAUGUUGGUGCUGAUCUUGUUGGUAAGGUUGAGAGGAACAUCCCUGAAGAUGACCCGAGAAAUCCAGCAGUGAUUGCUGACAAUGUUGGAGAUAAUGUCGGGGACAUUGCCGGAAUGGGAUCUGAUCUUUUUGGCUCAUAUGCUGAAUCUUCCUGUGCUGCCCUAGUCGUUGCUUCAAUCUCAUCUUUUGGAAUCAACCAUGAUUUGACUGGGAUGUGCUAUCCACUGCUUAUCAGCUCUAUGGGUAUCAUUGUUUGUUUGAUCACCACUCUGUUUGCAACUGACUUCUUUGAAAUAAAGGCAGUGAAGGAUAUUGAGCCUGCACUGAAGAGGCAGCUUAUAAUCUCAACUUCUCUUAUGACUGUCGGUAUUGCAAUUAUCAGUUUGAUUGCCCUCCCAUCUACCUUCACAAUCUUCAAUUUUGGUGUCCAGAAGCAAGUGGCAAACUGGCAGCUGUUCUUUUGUGUUGCAAUUGGUCUAUGGGCUGGCCUGGUUAUUGGGUUUGUCACUGAAUACUUCACAAGCAAUGCAUACAGCCCUGUGCAAGAUGUAGCUGAUGCCUGCAGAACUGGAGCUGCCACUAAUGUUAUUUUUGGGCUUGCUUUGGGAUACAAGUCUGUCAUCAUUCCAAUUUUCGCUAUUGCUGUCAGCAUCUUUGUUAGUUUUAGCCUUGCUGCCAUGUAUGGUAUUGCAGUUGCUGCUCUAGGCAUGUUGAGCACCAUUGCAACUGGUCUGGCUAUUGAUGCCUAUGGCCCCAUCAGUGACAAUGCUGGAGGCAUUGCUGAGAUGGCUGGAAUGAGCCACAGAAUACGAGAGAGAACUGAUGCACUUGAUGCUGCAGGCAAUACCACUGCUGCCAUUGGAAAGGGUUUUGCCAUCGGUUCAGCUGCCUUGGUGUCCCUCGCACUCUUCGGUGCCUUUGUGAGUCGGGCAGCGAUAUCAACUGUGGAUGUUCUGACACCUAAAGUAUUCAUUGGGUUAAUUGUUGGUGCAAUGCUUCCUUACUGGUUCUCAGCCAUGACCAUGAAGAGUGUAGGCAGUGCAGCUCUGAAGAUGGUGGAGGAAGUUCGCCGACAAUUCAAUACUAUACCUGGUCUUAUGGAGGGAACUGUGAAACCCGACUAUGCAACUUGUGUCAAAAUCUCGACAGAUGCUUCCAUCAAGGAGAUGAUUCCACCUGGUGCUCUGGUCAUGCUCACACCUCUCAUUGUUGGAACCUUCUUCGGUGUAGAAACUCUAUCAGGGGUUCUUGCAGGUGCCCUUGUAUCCGGCGUUCAGAUUGCAAUCUCUGCAUCUAACACUGGUGGUGCAUGGGAUAAUGCUAAGAAAUAUAUUGAGGCUGGGGCUUCGGACCAUGCUAGAACCCUUGGCCCCAAAGGAUCAGAUCCCCACAAAGCUGCUGUGAUAGGCGACACCAUUGGAGACCCUCUCAAGGACACAUCUGGACCCUCACUUAACAUCCUUAUCAAGCUCAUGGCUGUCGAAUCUCUCGUGUUUGCGCCCUUCUUCGCUGCCCAUGGAGGCCUCCUCUUCAAGAUCUUCUGAGAAGAGGUAGCCUGAUGGGCAAUCCUGCACUUGAGGCCAGCAGCAUCUCCAUUCACCACCUUACGUCUCAGCAUCUUAUCCUUUUUGUUUUAUUCUCUCUUCAAUUUUACCUGUCAUGUUUAGGCCCUCCUUGUCUACAUGUUAGUUUCAAGCUGUAGUUGAUGUGACGAAGCUCCCAGGCCUGUCCAUGUGUGUGCCCCUGGGGCAGCCAAAUUUUCCUUAUGCUAGAUGAUGAUGAUGACGACCAUGAUGAUAUUCAUGAUGGUGGUGAUGAUGAUAAUUGUUAUUAGGAGAGUGACAAAAAGUUCUUUGAAUGCCCCCAUACGAUGGUUGUAAAAGUUGGUGAUGCCUUCCAUCAUGCAUGAUGGUGGCAUGAGUUACCUUAACGAUGUGGGAAACUAUGGAA